CUGACUGACACUGACCCUGUGUCCACAGUUUCCCAUCGACAUUCUUUCAUUCUUUUUCUAUGUGGACGAACCCGCGUGUUCGUACUUUCUCCUGUUCCUCCUUCUGCGCGCUUGACUUGACGGUGGUGCUGCUUGCACUCUUCUCAACGGUUCCAGUCUGAAGAAACCUCUGCCGCUACGUUCUAGAUCCGCUUGCAUCCUCGUACACCAUCACUACGAGCUGUUGUUACCUUACACGCGGAUAAUUUCUUGCAUCAUAGGAAGAUCUGAGACGGAAGGGCACCCCUCUCCCGUUGUCUGAUUUUCCUGUCCAAUGGCAACCCGUCGUUCCCAUACCAAGUCCCGCACUGGCUGUAGGGACUGUAAGCGGAGGAAGGUCAAGUGCGAUGAAGCAUACCCAUCCUGCUUCAACUGCUCAAGGCACGGCAUACCAUGCAGUCUCUUAACAUCGCAUACCUCACCAGCAAAUAUCACACCCCAAAGAUCAACUACAACACCAUCCGUCAAUGGCCUCAGCCCAGAAGCACCAUUCAACUUCCUAGAUGCCGCCCUCGACCAUGACAGACUUCAGUCUCCCGCCCCGUCCAUCGGUCACUGGGGCCACGGCCUGGAACUGAUGCACCAUUAUACACUCGUCACCGCAAACACCCUCUCCGUCCGCCCGGAUAUGCAGCACGUCUGGCGUGUCACCAUGCCCGAGAUCGGCUACGAAUGUCCCUUCGUCAUGCAUGGCGUUCUUACACUCGCGGCUCUACACAAGGCGUACUUGAUACCCUCGUCGCGGGACAAGUACCUCGAGCUUGCGACAUCACAUCAGACUGCGGGCAUCAAUGGCUUCCGGACGCAGCUUCAUACCGUUGACGAUACCAAUUGGAAGCCAUUCUUCUGCUUUGCGUCGUUAGUCGUCUUCUUUGUUGCUUCGUUGCCCGUGCGAGUGGGGCAGGACCUUGACUCCGAGCCUGAUAUUAUGGGUGUCUUUAUCUUUGUACGCGGCAUUCGUACGAUUCUAGAACCAUAUCAGACAAGGAUUGUGAGGACAGAGUUUGCGCCUAUGGCAACAGGCGUAUGGACAGUUGACCCGAGUGAGCCUUCAUACAAGCACCCACCACUUCACAACUCCCCACUCCCGCCCGACGUCUUUGAAGCAAUCCAAGACCUCUCAGACUUUUACGCCGAAAACCUCCACGACAGCGCGCGCGAAGAGUACGUGACAGCCGUAAGGGAGCUCGAAAAAGCAGUUUACCUCAUGGCGCAUGCUGGCGCUAACCUCGAAGUCGGCAUGAUUCUCUUCUGGCCGUACGUGAUCUCGGGGAAUAUCAUGGCCGAUAUACACGCCCUGAACCCGUAUAGCCUGGUACUCCUGGCGUACUUUUCCGUGUUUUUGUGUGUGUUGGAGCCGACGUUUUGGUUCCUCCGGGGGUGGUCUAAGAGGUUGUUUGCCAUGGUUGAUGCGCAGUUGGCGGGGCAUCCUGUGUUGCUGGAGGUUGUGAAGUGGCCUCGGAAGCAGGUGUACGAGUUCUAUGCGCAUAUCUGACCGAGUAUCUCAGUUAUCUGUAAACAUAUCUCUUGAAUAGAAGCUCAAGCCCUCAAGAACUUCGAUGGUAUCUGGAUAGCUUCGGAUAUAUUGAUGCGAUUGAGCUUGAUCAGCGUUGAUUCCUUGGUCUCUCCCGUGUAGAGACGGUAUAAAAUAGUCUAGUUCGACAGCCUUCAACCUUCAACCUUGCCUCGAGCAGUCUACUAUUGUUCUAUGCGCUUAGACGUGUAGAUGUUUGCCCACUUCUUCUAAUCCAACUUCUUUGUACGAAAAGUUUCUCCCUGGGAAUUAUGUCCCUGACCGUCUCGAUUACAUUGCUGAACCCCUUCUUAAGUUCGUCGUCAAGAUUUACGGGUAUCCCCAGCCCCCUUUUGCGCUCGUGCAUGGUGGUGACGCGUUCCUCCAUGAUUAUCAAGGAUAGACCUAUGACUUCGAGAGUGCGAGAACUGUCUGUAGGAUUGUUGUUGUUGUUGUUGUUGUUG